AAAUUGCAGUCGUAGGCUGAAUGUUAUUUGCCACCAAUAAUGUGGUUGCACUUCAAUCAAUUUAACUUACAUUCUUUAGAAAAGCCCAAAAAGUAUGAAACGCAAAUGUCAAAACGCUCUAACAAAAUCGGCAACCCCAGCGACGGCGAAAAUUUUGUUAUUCUCCAAGUUGUCUAUUUUCGAGCAUUUUUUACGUGGAGGUUCGUUGAAAAAAUUAUUCGUAAAUUAAAUUCAAACUAAUGUACUAGUAUCUUUAUAAAGACACAUCGUAAAGAUUUGAUUGUUUUAAUUAAAUUUAAAGACCACUAUUCAUAAAAAUGCAAAGCAUGAGGCAACUUGAAAUGAACGAGAAGAAUGGAUGUUGCAUCUGCAACGAAAGUGAUAUUGUGGAAAUUGGAAAUUUGUCUUUGAAGAGAGGAGCUUAAAAAGAUAUAAAAUUUUAUUCUUAAACUGCUGUGAAGAUAAUAUACUAACAUAGUACAAUUGAAAAUAAAGAAGUGCUUAGUGUCUUAUCACUGAAUUUUUUUUGAAUACAAGUGCUAAUUUGUGAAGGUUCACAGUUCAUUUUUGUAUGGUGCCUGCCCACCUGCAUAUAUAGACGGGUAUUAAAAUUGCGUGCUUUGGCUUGGAGUUUAACUAAAUUUUGUGCGCGUGUAUAACAUCAAAAGUACACUGAUUCGGAUUUUUACAUUAUUCAAGAUAAUUUUGGAUAUUUGCAAAGCUCGGAGAUCAAUUCAUUCUGGCUGUUUUGAACGGAAAAUUCGAAAAGUUGUUUGAUGACAUGGAUGAAGAGGACGAAGAAGUAACUGACAUCAAAUUGCAGAUUUUUCACAACAAUUUACGUGAAAAUAUUAUAUUUCUGUUGCUGUUAAUGUUGUUGUAUCUUGCCUCCUAUGCGUUAGUGUCACGUUUUCGUCGAAAAGAUCGUGAUGAUCUGUUCUCCACAGAUGAAGAUGAAGUACUCGUCUACCGCAUUAGUUCAUGGCUAUGUACAUUUUCAAUGGCGAUCGCCGUUGGUGCCGCACUCCUCUUACCGGUUUCAAUAGCCAGUAAUGAAGUUUUGUUACUAUACCCUAACAGCUACUAUGUGAAAUGGCUUAAUAGUUCUCUGAUACAAGGUCUUUGGAAUCACGUAUUUUUAUUCUCAAAUCUCUCUUUAUUUGUGUUUUUGCCUUUCGCGUAUCUUUUUACCGAAUCUACUGGGUUCGUUGGACACAAGAAGGGUAUAAUUGCUCGCGCUUAUGAAACAUUCACAGUAUUUAGCCUUUUGGCCACGGUUGUUUUAGGCAUUACAUAUGUACUGUCCGCUGUUAUGGACCCGGAAAAAAUUAGUUUUUUGUCAUUGUUAAAUUUGGGAAGCGUACAUUUACCGUUUUUAUAUUCAUGCGUUUCAUUUUUGGGAGUGCUCCUGCUACUUGUUUGCACACCACUCGGCUUUGUUCGCCUAUUCGGCGUAGUUGGCCAAGUACUCGUAAAACCACAUUUACUUCGCGACGUUAACGAGGAAUACCAGGUAUUUCACAUGGAAAUCGCCAGCGUAAAGCGCAAAUUGGCAAAUAUUGAACUAUUGAACGUUAGUAUAACAGACAACAGCGCCGCUGGCAGCGAUUACAGCGGUAACUAUACCAAUGGUGGUGGAUAUUAUUCACACCAGUCGUUGGAGCAUCUAUAUCAACGCAAACCUUUGGAAAACCAACAAAAUGAGCAUCAAAAGCUCAAUGAAAGACUGAGAGAAUUAGAGUCUGAAAGUCGGGAGCUGGAGAAACUACGUAAAUCGUCGGCGUUUCAACGAAAUUUCGUUUAUCCGUUGGCAAUGUUGCUUUUACUAUUUUUUACCGGUGUAACGGUGUUGUUGGUGGUGCAAAAUACACUGGAGCUACUAAUUGGAAUUAAAGCGUUGCCACUCAGCACUAGACAAUUUACACUUGGCAUCACAUCAUUGUCGAAACUUGGGCCAUUUGGCGCGGGGCUAGAGGUGUGCCUCAUCUUCUAUUUGGGCGCCACGUCAGCAGUUGGCUUCUACACCAUGCCCUUCAUGCGUAAUGUGCGCCCACAGAAACGAAAGACUUCACUCGCCCAACUAAUACUCAAUUGUGCGCUAGUUUUAAUAUUAAGUUCAGCGCUACCGCUGCUCAGCAGAAUUAUUGGUAUUACGAAUUUCGACCUAUUAGGUGAUUUUGGGGCCAUCGAAUGGCUUGGCAAUUUUCAAAUUGUCUUACUUUAUAAUUUGAUCUUUGGCACGACGACAGCGCUUUGUUUGGUAAAUAAAUUUACAGGAGCUGUACGUCAAGAGUUGUGUGCGCGGUUAGUAGAGAAUUAUGUACUGUUCACAAAUUACAUGUCGUUCAUCAAUUGAUUCAUCCACCAGUGACACAGAAAAUCAUAGCAAAGCACAGUAGCUCCCUGAGGCAAAUAAAUAUGAUAACUAAAAUUGAUUUACUUUAAGGUUGCUAUUACAAUAUCGAGUCGUAGAAGCAAAUAGAACUGAUCAUGAAUGAAUGCUUAUUUAUAAUGCUAAUAACAAAGCUUAACUCAUUUGUAUCAUGAUAUUUUUAACCCUUUUAAUUUAAUCGAACUCAAUAAUGCAGAAAGAGAAAUAAUAUAGACUUAAAUAAAACGAAAAUAACAACCGAAUCGAAAAGAACUGAUAUUCAUCAAAGAUACGUUAAUUUCAAUAUAUUGUAGAGUUAUCUGACAUAAUAUUUUGCAUUUAUAUUUAUGCAUAUGUGUAUGUACGAUUAUAAAUUUUAUUUUUGAAUACUUUGAAAAGUUAGCUCGCAGCAAUGCAAUUUGUUCUUCUAAAAUGCAGUUUGAAGAUUAAAUUUAGCAUUUCUUUUAACUAUGGUAGGAAAUAUGUGAAAUAGUUUACUACAAAAAAAAAAAAAUAUAUAUAUAUAUAAUAGAAUAUGCGCUCAAUGUGUAUUAAUUUGAUUAAAAUUAUUAGGUAGUUUUAAAAAUUAUUAACUGAAUGUUCAUUCUUUUAAGUUUAUUUAAAAGACUUCGUUAUUCGACAUUCUAAAAAAGGAAAACAAAUCGUGCUAGUCAAAUAGUUUAGUAUGCAAAUGUAAAACUUAAACCUUGAAACCAAUAAUUUAUGGUAAAUAGUCAAUAAAUAUAAAUUCAGUGAAAAUGU